AUGGAUCUCGACUUGGACACGGCCGCGGCCACAGCGCCCGCAGUGCCCUAUGGAUCUCAGUCGCACCCCCAAACAGCUUCCUCGGCCCAGGAUCACACACAGUCACACUCCAGAUCAGAGUCUCACGGCGGCUUUUCCCCAGGCCAGCGACCGAAGAAGUCGUCAACCACAUGUUCGACCUGCCGCUUUCGCAAAGUUCGUUGUAAUGGUGCUCGGCCACUUUGCUCCAACUGCCAGAGGCUCGGGUUCCCUUGUUCAUAUGACGAUUCUGAUGCCGAUAACUGGUCCAUGGCGUUGCCUCGCCGGAGAGUCAAACAAGCCUGCUUAAGCUGCCACAGCCGCAAGGCCCGAUGUUCCGGCCAUGUCCCUUCUUGUGAACGAUGUCGCGCUCAGGGUAUUGAGUGUGUAUAUCGCCCUGGGAAACGAACAAAGGGCCCUAGCAGAGGCAGUUAUAACGAAGUUCGAAGCCCACAUAGCCAUGAUGGCGAUGAAAAGGAGAGGACCAAGGACCGGGAUCACGACAAGGCCGACGACAGCGACACGCCACUAACAGAUCCGGCAAACACCCCGAGCACAUUUAACCAUGACAUUCCGGGCAUGGAUGAAUCUUUUGAAUCUCUGACAAGUCGCACUUUUGAUCAAUUCUUUCGCCAUGUUCACCAUAUUCCAAUGUAUUCUUUCUUGCAUCGCGCAUCACUCAUGGAGCAAUUCAAUGCUGGCAAGGUUGAUAAGGCACUCUUGUUGGCUCUUAUUGGCAUUACAUCAUGUUUGACGGACAUGGGUGCGGGAGUUCGAGAGUAUGGUGACCGUUGCAUCGAUCGUGCUGAACAUCUCAUCUUUUCUGAUUACUCACGGCCGUCCACAUUCAAAGUCCAGGCCCUGGUAUUCAUGAUCAAACACAGGAUACUUUCCAACAAAUAUCCCAGCGCGUUCAUGCUCCUAAGUAUGGCGUCCCGUUUCGCUGCUGCUUUGCGUCUCAACCACAACAGCCCCAAUCUCUGUUUCUUAGCCCAAGAGUCUCGAAGGCGGUUAAUGUGGUCGCUAUACUGCAUUGAUACCGGUAUCUCAGCGGGUUAUCGCGAUUUUGCACUCUGGCGAGCAGAUAGAAUCUUUGUCAGUUUACCGUGCAAUGAACGAAAUUUCGAGUUUGAUUUACCACAAGCCGCCGAAAUGCUAGAUCCUGCCAGCAAUGGUCCAGAGAUACCCCAUCCUGAGGAUGUUGGGAGCCUGGCACUUCAUAUUCGUAUCCUCCAUUUACGCCAAAAGAUUAUCGAAUUCACCAAAGAUGUCCUCGUCAGCCGCACCAUAACCGAUACAUCGAGCUUACAGGAUCCCGUCUUGGCCUUGCAUAAGGAAUUGGACGACUUUGCCAGCCGCCUACCGUCCUCUUUUCAAUUCUCCGAAAGCUCACUACGACUUCGAGCAUACUCACCUAGAAUAUGUGUAUUUAUCAUGAUUCAUGUUUGGUGGCACCAGUGUCACUGCGACCUUUAUCGGAUGACCAUGGCUGGAUUUCGGGAAGCCUUACCCGAGGAGACUUUGCAGAGCCUGGAUCCGGCGUUCCUUGCUCACUGUCAACGCCAGUGUGUUGACCAUUCCUUGGCCAUGGCCAGCAUAUUUGCUUUGAUGCAGAAACUCGGGGCCAAGCCUGUCGCUGAUCUGGAUUUGGCCCUCUGCGCCUACCAGUGUGCCCGUAUGUUGAAAUAUGCGCUUCACGGUGGUGGUGAGAAGCUCGGCUUGACUGUGGAGACGGUCACAGAAAAGGCCAAGGUUUGUCUGCAAGCUAUCAAGAAAUGUUGCAUGGGUCCUGCAGCAGGGGCAAUUAGAUCAGACCUGGAACGAUUGAUUAGCCAGGGCCUUGGAUCAGAGGUUUCAUCUCCACAGGAUACCACGACAGACACACAUAGGGCCAGCAAUACCUUGACGGAUGCACCAUCCAGGCAUCCUGUGCUUCGAAAUAUCGAGGUGACAGAGGAGCCGAGCGUCAUAUCAACAACGCAGACCGCACCCGGCCGCACCAGCUCGCACCCUCCGGAGUCUUUCAUCACUACGCCAGUAACAGCCACGGCCAUGCAGACAUCAUUGUCGGCCCAGGACCUGGGUACACCGAGCGCCUGGACUACUGGACCAGCUUUCCCCAACAUGCAAGCAGCAGGUCUAACAGGCCAGAAUCAGCCAGUGCAAAUGGAUAUAACCAACCCAUCUCAAAAGUCGGACAUUGGGUCGGGCGAGCUAAACAGUGCGUACGAAGGGGCACUGGAGAAUUUCGACCAAGACAACGGUCUAGCUCAUGCUAUGGGAGUUGAGCUGACGCCUUGGAACUGGAGCGGCGAUUUGCAGUGGCCUGAUUUUCUGAGCAGCGGAGUGGGCGUGUGA